GUUUAGAGCGCAUCUUCAAUGCUUUCCCUCAACCAUGGAUCACGGACAAUGAGUCCAUCGUAGAAUCCAUCCAACCAGUAGCUCAAAAAACCWAACCAUCAUACAUUUGUUCACGAUGACAUGCAGUUCCCGAUGUCGGCGCACACCGUUGCAUUCCGAAAGACGAUCCCAAAAUGAAUCGGCAAUACAGAACCAGAGGGCAAGAUUUCUCCUGCCUCRUCAGGUUCCCGACACCCGGGAAAAACGAACGAAAUGAAACAUGUUGUCUUGUGCGCACACCAAAUUCACUACUUAGGCGGUGGAAAUGAAGGUGGUAGUAGAGGAUGAAGCUGAGGUUGGGGCGGCAGUGGGGGCGGCAGUGGGGGAAGCCGAAGGAGCUGCGGAUGGAGCUGCCGAUGGUUCUUCCGAAGUAGGAGUUCCCUUCUUUUGCCUCUUGGUGGGGGCAGCAGUGGGGGCGCUGGUCCCCUUUCCCUUCUUCAAAACACGAACGGCGUUGGGUCGUGCCUCGUUCUCGACAAGGAUAGUGGCGUUGGCGAAGACGGCCAUGAAGAUAACAAGGAGGAUGGUGGAUCGGAACAUGAUGAAGUUGGGUUGGUAGUUGUGUGGUUGGAAAAAGAUUCGAACAAGAUCGUGGUUUUUGUUUUAUGAGAGUGKGGAGCUGGUUUUUACGGAAGCACUGUUGCAAAGGGUUGAUCAAAUCGUCAUUUUUCAAACAUCGAAGCGUCGYACGCUCACGCGUGCAUCUUUUUAGACAAAAAUGUUCCGACACGCGAGUGCGACCUAAAUUUCCCACCGCGGGUCAGGCUUGCAUCGCUCGCCAUAAAUGUCUACAAUUAGC